AGUUUUUUUUUGCCCUCCGUGAGACCAGAGCCGGCUCGCGAUGUCCGCCGGCUUCCUCGCCCACGGCUGCGCGGCGCUCGAGGGUGCAAGCCUGCCGCGGCCAGGGCGGGGGAAGGCGCUGCCUCCCGUGGAGGACGACGACGACACCACGGACGCGGGCUCCGACCUGGAGACCGUUUGCACGUCGACGUCAGCGCAGGCCUCGGAGAGCGAGGACGUCCGCCCACAGGCCCACGGGCGCCUGCUGCUCUCCGCGCGCGCUCGGGCGCCGCGGUUCCGCAGCGCCCUGGCCACGAUCCCCGGCACCCCCGUCAGCCGCCCGCCGGCGAGCCGCCCUCUGGGAACCUGGACGGCGGCGGCGCCCGGGCGCGUGGCGGCGCCGCCGCCCGGGCACGCCCGGUGCCGGCCGUCGCCGCCGGGGCUGCUGUCCACGGGGGGCUCGGCGGCCACGGCCGCGCCGGUGCUGGCGACGCAGGCUCCGCAGCCGAGUCCCCUCGCCCCGCAGCGCGUGCGCCUGCCCCGCGGCGCCGGGCCGCCGCCGGGGCCGCUGGACCCCGCGGUGCUCAACGGCACCGUAACGGGUACUUACUAACGGGUACUUUGCAAUUUUGCCGAAAGUUGCCACUUUAGGGCCUCUUUCUGGCAAUGCAGCGUUGCCCGCAUCGGGAAGGGUUGGGUUCGCUGGGUCACUAGCCAAAGUACCCGUUACUGGAGUCCCCGUUUGUGGGGCGCUGAGGUGCCGGCCAAGAAGAAGCCCCUGUUCGGCCCCGCCGAGGAGCCGGCGAGCGUGGACCGGAGCAUGCCCCUGAAGAAGAGGGUGACCGACUUCCUCAUCCAGGACGCCCGCUGCGUCCUGGCGGCGCCGCUGCUCGGUUGAGGCAUUAGGAGGGGGCGCCCGAUGGUUUUUACGUGCUUUGGAAUUCGGCUGAUGAAUUCGUCUUCUGAGCCCACCUGGGCCAGCCUGCCCCACAUCAGAUGGGAGGCGCAUCGCUGCACGUGUCCUAAAUGUCCUGCUGCCCACCCCGCACGCGCAUGCCACCUCAUGGUACAUCCUCCGCAGGACGCAUCCC